AUGAAAGAACUUUCAUAUGUACUGGUAUUGAUUAACUAUGCAUCUCUUGUUGAUAGUUCAUCAUCAUCAUCAAAUACAACAGGUGGUCGACCUCAUUUUCCAGUUGUUCAAGUUACAUUUGAUCAUGUUUCAAAUGUAUUUGGUAUAUGUCUUUGGAUUCUACUUGGUAUUUUAGCUAAAAUCGUAUUUCAUUUAUCACAUCGUUUAACAAAAAAAUUUCCUGAAAAUUGCCUUCUUAUCAUAUUAGGUAUUGUUGUUGGCGUUCUUUUAUAUUUAACACAUCUUGAAGAAGAAAAACGAAUAUAUAUACUUAAUAGUGAUGUAUUUUUUCUAUUUUUAUUACCACCUAUUGUACUUGAAACAGGAUAUUUUUUACCAAAACGAGCUUUUUUUGAUAAUCUUGGAACAAUACUUUUAUUAGCUGUACUUAAUAAACUUUUUAAUACAAUGUGUAUUGGAUUAACAAUAUGGGCAUUUGGAAAAACAAUGUUAUAUGGUGGUACAAAAUUUGAAUUACUUGAAUGUCUUCUUUUUGCUUCAUUUAUUACGGCUGUUGAUCCAAUAGCUGUAUUAGCAACAUUUGUAGAAAUUCGUGUUAAUGACACAUUGUAUAUUGUUGUCUUUGGAGAAUCACUUCUCAAUGAUGCUGUUUCAAUUGUACUCUAUCGAAUGUUCGAAAGUUUUCUAACUAUUGGUCAAAAUAAUUUAACUCCAAAGGAUUUUUUUCUUGGUUUUGUAUCUUUUUUUGUUGUAACUAUUGGUGGUAUUCUUGUUGGUAUUGUAUUUGGUUUUAUGGCUGUUUUUAUGACAAAAUUUACCGAACGAACACCAGUUCUCGAACCAUUAGUUGUAUUUAUUUAUGCUUAUAUUGCUUAUAUCAUAGCUGAAAUGACUGGAUUAUCUGGUAUUCUAGCUAUAACAAUAUGUGGAAUGGUAAGUUAUAAAAGUAUGAAUAUUCAUAUUGAUUAUAAAUUAUUUAAGAUGAUGAAACAAUAUGUUGAAUAUAAUAUAACAAAAAAAUCCAUGGCAACUAUUGAAUAUGUUCUUAAAAUGGCUUCAAGUAUAAUGGAGACAAUUAUAUUUAUGUUUAUGGGCUUAACUACGGUGUCUGAACAACAAAUAUGGAAUACAGGUUUUGUUAUUGUUACUCUUCUAUCAUGUCUGAUAUAUCGAGCUAUUGGUGUUGCUCUAUUUGCUAAUUUAGCUAAUACUCGUCGUUUACUUGAAUUAACUCGUAUUGAUAUGUUAAUUAUGUCUUAUGGUGGUCUACGUGGUGCACUUGCAUUUGCACUAGCACUUAUAUUAGAUGAAAAUUUAACAUCAAGAAAAAAAGAAUUUAUAACAGCAUCUACUGUUGUUGUUCUGUUUACUGUUUUUAUACAAGGUACAACAUUAGGUCCAUUAGUUAAAUUACUUAACGUACGACGAAAACAAAUUGAAGAACCAACAAUGAGUGCAACGUUAACAAAUCGUAUGAUGGAUCAUGUUAUGACUUGCCUUGAAGAUAUAGCAGGUAUAACUGGUGCUAAUUCUCUUCGUAAUAAAUAUAAUACAUUUGAUCAUAAUCAUAUGAAAAAAUGGUUAUUACGUGAACAACCACAAGAAAAACUUGAUUUACGUUUAUGGCAAACAUUUCGUAACAUUGAUUUACAAACAGCUAUUAAAUUACAUGAAGAAAAUCCAGGUGCAAAACAAAUAAUAACAUCACAUUCACCUAAAUCACAAACAUUAUUUGCUGUUGUUAAUCCUUCGAGUACUAGUAGUCGAAAAGAGAGUAUCAUAUCGAAUAUUAUAACUAAAUCGGAUGAUUUUAUUAUAUUACCAACCAUAAAUAAUGAAUUGGUACCAUUGACAAAACCGGAUGAUAUAAAAAAUUUACUCCAUUCUAAGAUGUUUGAUACACAUCGACGAGCAAGUAUUUAUGCACGAAGUCAAGAUGAAGUAGAAAAUGAUGAAGAUCUUGAUCAAACUAUAAUUCAUAUUUUACAACCAUCAACAAUACUUGAUUCAUCCAGCUAUAUGUUAGAACAAUCAAUGGAUAAUUUACCAAGACAACGAAAAAAACCAAGCGAUUCAACAACAACAAAUCAAUCAUCAUUGAAAGAUAUAGACAUAUGUCGUUUUUAA